AUGCCCUAUUCCACCCCGUUCCUCCCCUUGACUGUUUCUGCCUCUGCCUCGUACCCGUCCGCCGCCUACCAGCUCCUCACUGACGCACCGAAACAGCAGGCCCAGCGCCCGCCACCGCAGCAGCCUCACCAGCGCGCCGCUUCAGGAGCGCUCACCUCGUCUGACGGAGCCGCUGCUGCCCAGGCCGGCUCGACAAAGGCAGCCGCAGCCGCACCCGCCCAAAAGCCCACCACGUCGUUCUCGCGCCGCUCCACCCUGACGUCCCGCUUUCCUCUGCUGCGGAAGGGAAGUCGCGAGGCUCCGGGCCAUCUACGAGGCAACAGCGUCUCCGCUCCGCUCCCCGACUCGCCCUUCCUCACCACCGGCGCCCCGCGUGCUUCGUCCUCGUCCUCCCGUGGCAGAAUUGACCGCCAAUCCGACGAACCCCUCCUCCGCGAACCCUCCGUAAACGCUAGCCUCAGGUCGGAGAGCCGCGACGCCGCUGACAGCGCCUCGCCCUCCGCAAACGACUCCCACGAGCCUGCAAAGAUGCAUCAGACAUCUUCACGGCUCCUCCGCAUGACGGACGAUGAGCGGCCGUUCACGAGGGAUUUCAAAGACUUGUUCUCCACCCUGAUGGUUUCCCUACCGCUCACUCCCCAUCGUGUGAGGUUUAGGAUGAUCGAUUUCACCUUUACUUCGGACGAAGCUAUCACAAACCUGGGGUCCCUGAAGUUCUCCCAAUCCAACCGCAUGCCGGAUCCGAAGGACUCCUCACGUGUCGUCACUACGACCACGACCACGACGUUUUCCAUGGCGAAAGAGAUGGCUCGGUCAGUAUGCACGAAAUUUCUCGAGGCCAAAUUCAUAGAGUCUGUCGAGGGCAAGACGGACUUCCAGAACAAAAGCUCCGUCUGGCAGCUCACGCCAAAAGGCAUUCAUAUUCUUGAGCGUUUCUGCUCCCGCAACGGCAUCCAGUCUACCCACGUGAAGGCUGUGAUAGAGUCCACCCGUAACCCUCACCAGCUCGUUAUUCUCGAGCGCAACACAGAAACCGAUAAACUGCACAACGAUGAACAGACUGUUGAAAUCAUCUUCCGCCGUUUCGUCGGCGCUACUGCAAACGAGGCUCAGUCAGAUUCGGACUCGAUCCAUGAGUUCUCUAAGUGCGAUAUUGGCGUUCGGACCAUAAAACACAAGCCGACAUCUAGCCGUCCGUAUGAGUACACUUUCAACGGCAGAAAUGCUGCCGAGUGGCUCAUGGACUGCUCCACGAUGGUUGACCGUCGGGAGGCCGUCGAGAUAGGAUCUAUGUUCCUCCAACUAGGUCUCAUUGCACCAGUGGAUUCGCGCGGGCCGUCCGAUAAGUUCCAGCCUCUUAAGCAGGUACAAUAUUAUAUCACGCAACAUGGUGAACGCGUUGCAGGAUGGACUCUUCCCGACGAUGCAUCAAUAGCCGCGGACGCGACAGCAGUAAAGGCCCGCGACGGAGCUGCGCGCGAUUCGAACAGUAACCGCACCAACGUCAUCAUCCGUAACCCAUCGUGGCGCCUGCUGUACCGCGAGUUCCUCAAGGACACCAUGUGCGAAGAGAACCUCUCGUUCUACCUGGAAGUGCAGGAGUUUAACACUCAAUAUCGGGCUGCGGUUAACGCCAGCGGAGACAACAAGAUCGAAACCAUUCGCGAGACGCUUGCUGCGGCUUAUGGCUUGUAUAACGCAUUCUUGGCACCCGGCUCGCCGAACGAGCUCAACAUUGACCAUGCUCUCCGCACACAGCUUGCUACACGCAUGACCCGUGCCGUUGGUGACGACAAUGCGAUGAUGCAGAGCCUCGUCGAGGUCGCGUCUCUGUUUGAGAAGGCACAGAACUCAAUUUUCAAAUUGAUGUCAAGCGACUCUGUACCAAAAUUCAUCAAGCACCCAAAGUACGGUCCUCAGCUACGGGGCCUCGAUGCUGCCGCCGCUGCCGCGUACGCCGCCCAGACACCUAACUCGUCUCGAUCAUAG